CCAAUGCAAACAUCUCCAACAACUAAAUCGAUGUUAAUCCUGGCACAUUGGCGAAGAUAAAUAAACUCCCCACAAGCAAACGAGCGACGAACUAAGGAAAGCCACCCCCCCCCCCCCCCCCCCAUUUGAAGGUAGCUGGGAAAUAGAUUUAAAAGCAAUUUACUCCAACGACAAGUGUGUUAGGCAACCUCACCGGCAGCAACAGUUGCUGGCCAGUACUGCAACUCACACCUACUCACCCGCUGCUGAUACUGUACAAAUAUGCUGGAUCUCAACAUUCCCACGGCUAGUUCAACCAUGGCCACAAUUUCGUCCUAUGCUGCUGAGCUAGUGCAACAUCAGCAAAGUUCUGAUCAAAUGCCAUCGCCAUCAUCAUCCCUAUCCCCAUUUGGUACACCAAUGUCACUGCUGGCCUCCAGUGCCAUUAAUCUGACACAGCAGCAACAGCUAACCGACACUUUGCUGUCAUCGGACCCUCUGGCAUUGGGGACCACAUCGUCGUCAACAGCCUCCCCUCUAUAUCCUCUGGUCAAUGUGGCCAGCAAUUUCAUGUACGAUUGGUGCAAUCAAUCCUCACUCUCAUCAUCACCAUCAUCAGCAGCAGCCUCUUUUCCCGCCAGCAGCAGCAGCAGCAGUGAUUCAAUUGGUCCUAGUGGUGCGAGCAGCUAUAAUUGUUCACUACUAGGAAGCUUUAAUGCCUUUAAUGCCUCCUCCAACGAUACUUUCAUUGAUAUUUCAUUUAUACUGCCAUGGUGGCGCCAAGUGCUAUGGAGUAUCCUUUAUGGCGUUAUGGUUAUUGUGGCGACUGGUGGCAACCUAAUCGUUGUUUGGAUUGUCAUAACAACAAAACGGAUGCGUACUGUGACCAAUUACUUUAUAGUGAAUUUGUCCAUAGCGGAUGCCAUGGUGUCCAGCCUCAAUGUCACCUUCAGCUACAUCUACAUGUUGGACAACAAUUGGGCCUUUGGACAGCUGUACUGUAAAAUUUCCCAAUUUAUAGCAACCCUUAGCAUAAGUGCUUCGGUGUUUACACUGAUGGCGAUAUCAAUCGACAGGUAUGUGGCCAUAAUGAAGCCUUUGAAGCCACGAAUGAGUAAACGCAGUAAUUUGGGCAUAGCAGCAGUCAUCUGGAUAGCAUCGGCCAUCAUAUCAUGUCCCAUGUUACUUUUCUAUACCACCGAAGAAGUAGCCAGUAAGGAUGGCAUACGCACUGUUUGCUUUCUAGAAUGGCCGGAUGGUUCAAUGAAUCACUCAAACCAGGAAUACGUCUACAACAUAUUAUUUAUGAUACUCACCUAUUUCUUGCCAGUCAUAUCAAUGACCGCAACAUAUUCCCGUGUGGGUCUUGAGCUCUGGGGUUCCAAGGCCAUUGGUGAAUACACACCGCGUCAGGUGGAGAAUGUGAAAAGUAAGAGGAGGGUGGUGAAAAUGAUGAUGGUUGUGGUUUUAAUAUUCGUCGUCUGCUGGCUUCCCUUUCAUGCGUACUUCAUUGUCACUUCCUGCUAUCCGGCCAUAACGGAGACACCAUUCAUACAGGAGGUCUACCUAUUCAUAUACUGGCUGGCAAUGAGCAAUUCCAUGUACAAUCCGAUUAUAUAUUGCUGGAUGAAUUCGCGAUUUCGCUUUGGCUUUAAGAUGUUUUUUCGCUGGUGUCCAUUUGUCCAUAUUGGCGCUGAAAGUCUGAAUCGUCGAGAUAACCUGACAUCACGUUAUUCCUGCUCUGGCUCACCGGAUCACAAUCGCAUCAAACGUAAUGAUACUCAACGUUCAUUUCUCUACACGUGUCCUGGUUCACCCAAAAGUCGACGAAUUUCUCAUUGUGGUAUCCUUCGCAGUUCAACGAUUAUGACAACGCAACGUGAUAACAGCCGUCAUUCAACGCCUAUAACAACCACAAUUGGCCAAAACUCCUGUAAUCUGAGUGGGGCAAGUUUUCAUCAUCAUCACCACCAUCAUCCCAACCACCACCAGCAGCAUCAUCAUCACCAUCAUCAUUCGUCAUAUCAUGAAAGGAGUAGCCUGAAGAUGGGUCAUAACUCUCAUGAAUUGGCCGCCUUAAGUGGUAAUGGCCCCUUGCAAUUGUAUUCCAAUUCAAAGGAAAUGUUGUUGAAAUCAAAUCCCAGGUCGAGUGGUGGCAAAUGGGCCACAAUGUCAACGGAGACGGCGCUACCCAGUCCCACAGCGUUGACCACACCAUCAGUGAAGAGUGUCACAAUUGGGGGAGUGAUAUCCACCACAUUCAAUGGUGGAGUGAGCGAUACAAAUUAUUUAGCCAGCAGAACGCCAUUAAUGUCCUGACAACACACAAAUGAGACAACAGUCGAUGAUCUUUAUGUGCAACAGCAGCAGCAGCAGCAGCCCAAGCAGGAGGCCCUGAAUUAUGCGCUUAAUCGCACAAACGGAAACGGAAGUUGUCUCUACAAUCCCGCAUUGACAAAUGGCAAUGGCAAAGCCAGCAGCAACUCUCCGCUACACAAUUUAAGUGUUUAUGGGAAGGUUACUUUCAAAGAAACCCCCACAAUAAACGACGACACAACAAAUUGUGACAGCACCAUUAACGGUGCAAUUGAGAGUGCAGCAAUGGCAAAUAAGGCAGGAGAAGUAGGUGGUGGUGAUGCUAUUGCCGGUAGUGGUGAGGUCGGAAGUGGUAUUAAGAUGCUUUAUGCAACAACAAAAUCCAGCGCAAUGCAUACCAAUGAUAAAACAUGGCUCUAAACCAUUUGCAACUGACACGUGUACAAGCUGGCCACAAAACCUCCCCUCACAAAUCCCUCUGACUCUCGCAUUCAUGUAAUGUCUCCCAGCACUUUUGCAGUGAACGUACAACGUACAACUACACCCAAAUGAUAUUUCUUUAUAUUUAAGUUUUAAGUUUAAGAGAUGCCAUGUCUUAUGCCAUAACCCUCUAAGGACUGUCCCAAAAGAAAGAAAAAACGAAUUUUCCCCUUUCCUUAGAUUUCCCCAGAGUUUUUGGAUGAAAAAAUUAUACUCAAAGAAUACAAAGAAAGUUGUUGCCACAGGGGAUUACAGUACUCGUUACAAAAAUUCAUAAAAAAGCACGCAGACGUCUUUGUUAAUAACAUUUAGAAGUUGUGCUCUGGGGAAGCCCCUAUUUUAAUUGUUUACCACCAGUUGAAGUUAUUUGAAUAUUUAGAAACUUUCGGGUCCAAAGAAGGGAAUAUCUUAAUUUUGCCAUUGAGUUUACAACCCAAGGGACAUAAAAAACUGCAGUUUGUCGGACCUUUUCGAUACCUAGCUGUUAAUUGUAAUUUUGACACCAUUUCGAAGCUUCCCUUUUCGAAACAGUCCUUAGUGUUUUACAACGUUUGGAGAGUAGCAACGUUAUUAUUUUGUUUUUUUGUUUUUGUUUUUUUUUUAGUGUUGUUUUCAUUGUUAAUACCUGAUAAGUUUACGAGCAAUGCACCGCCAUUUCAUUUCCAUAGUUUAUAAAAUGUCAUAGUUUUUAAGAAGGUUUCAUGACUCAGACGAUGAUGAUACUCAAAUGCCACCCUCCAUCGGAGUGCAUCUAGGUUAGUGGUUUUAUGCAUUUCUCUUUGUACAUGUGGCAAGGAAACGGAUGUGCACUCUCACUGCUAAAAGUAAAAGAAACACUUGCUAAAAUAUUAGUAAUAAUGUAAAAUAAUAAAUAUAUACUUACUUUUAUGUACAUGCAUAUAGUUUUUGUAUGAACGUAGUUUGUAUCAUUGUAUUUUUAUGUUUUAGUCGUUUAAAAGUCAUUUCUCAGAGUAUGUAUAUCAACAUUUAACUUUUAAUUCUAAACAAACUCUCGCUCUACCCCUGGCCCUAAACCUCACAUACACACAUAGUUUAUAAGUUAAGAAAACUGUAUGUUAUACUACUACUACUAUAAAUGUAAGCUUGUAAAAAACACACACACACAUCUGUAUGUAUUAUGGAAAUUGCAAAACUUAAAAAAUUAAAAAAAAAAAUUAAGAAGAACUUAAAGUUCCUGGUGUUAUUGUGUAUAUAUACGAAUAGUGUUUAGCUGUACCUAAGAUAAUUAUUAUUUUAGUUAAAUUGUAAAACAAAAUUCAAAAGAUAAAUAAAACUAAGAAGAGUAAUAAACCAAUGACAACUAUUUGCUUAA